UCCUUCGAGAGCAAAAUCGAAAAUCUUAAGUGCAAAGUGACAAAGUGCAAAUGUUUAGUUGUGUUUCUUUGGCAAAAGAAAGUGAAAAAUUGCAUUAAAGGAAUAAAAGAACAUGAAAAUCCACUUUGAGAAUUCAUUAUUUUCAGAAGAGAAAAAAAUUUCCGGAUUAGCAGACAUGAGCCCUUCGAUAAUUAAACAAGACAUUCUAGGAAGUCCGCCUGCACGAAAAUUUACAGAGGCGGAAAUGAGGGUUCAGCGUGCCUUGAAAAAGCUUAAUAUCCCAGAAUGGUACCUCAAUAAGAAGUCAAAAGCACCAAAAAUUCUCAAAAAUAACACACCCAUCGACUGUAGGCAACCUUCAUGGAAACGAGGUACAAAACCAAACAUAAUGUCCAAAACUUGUCCACUCGAAGACACAUCUGAUCCGACUGGAAUUUACAGAACUAAUGAGAGAGUCAAAGCUUCAACGAAUGAGUCGUUACUCUCUGGAUCAUAUGAUACACCCCGAAUGUUUGAGAAUUCUAUAAAUAAAACUUCAUUGUCUACAACCUAUGAAAUAUCCGAAGAAGACAUAUCAGCAAUGGAACAUUCAGAAAAGAUGCAACUGCAAAACUCGACUGAAACUGCCCCAAAUCAGGACGAAAGCGCCCAAACUUUAAGAGCCUAUUCUCUAUUAAAGAAAAGUGAUACGUUUCCUAAGAUGUCUCCUUCCAGAAAAGUACAAAAUAUUAACAUAGUUUUUCCUCCAACUUCGAAUUCUCCAGCACCGAAUAUUUCACAAUCGAAUCCGCCACUUCUGCCCUUGCCGACAACAUUUGAUACGGAUGUGUAUUUAAAUUGCACUUCCGAUAUCAGUAAAUUGAGCCAAACAGUUGACAGUUCUUUUGACGAUUUUCUUUCUGCAGAUGAUAAAUUCAUAACGCCAAAAUAUAGAAAUAAAGUGACUCCAACUUCUUGUUUCAAGACAAAUCUGGCCAAUGCAAUUUCACCGAAACCCUUUACAAAGAAAGUAAGCACGCCUUAUGGAACUCCAGCAUCUAAUUUUAACAUUCUGAGUAAUUCUUCUUUAGAUGGCACUCGAUCAACAUUGUUUGCUAGUGCGAUGAAUAACUCUGAUCCAUCUCCAGUAAGCCCCGCAUUAUAUGGAAAACCAGAAGAUUUUAGUUUUUCUUCAAUCAAUUCUUACAAUUCCUUAGCAAAGCGCAGUUCUUUGAAAAGGACAAAAGAUACAGGCAAAAAACAAUCGACUUGCUGGCUUGGAGAAGUGAAGGCUUUCGGUGCGGACAGACAUGAAACCUGCCAGGAAUGUGGAUCGAAACCUCCUAGAAUUUUUGCCGCUGUGACUACAUUGAGCCCCAAUAAUUCGAAGAACUUCUCCAAUGAGGAAUACCUUUCUCGAAAAUUCAGUCAAAUGAUGGGAAUAUCAGAUGCUCCAACAGAAUCUUCUGCUUCUUCCUCGGAUGAAGAGCAACGAGAAAGUCCAUCGGUAUUACCUCCCGAGAGAUUCAUAAAUAUAAAGAACACAUCAAAUGAACUUUCAGAUAUCUACAAGAUGAAUCAACUGCAGCAUAGUAAGAAUUUAGUUCAGGAAAUCAUCGAAGAAUUAAAGGCAAAGUGCGCGCUCAAAGCAAAGGCUUCUUAUUCUUCACCGGUAACGAAACAUUUCGUGCAUCGGUUGGUCAACGAUCUGCAGGGAGAAAACUCCACUGAACAUCCUGAAGUUUUUGAAGAACAAGAGGUUGAAGCAGAAAGUUGUAAUAUGGACAGUGGAAGUAGAAGCAGUAGCGACCUGGAAAUAAAUUCAGCGGCACUCUCUACUUCGAUUUCAAUUUUCUGCAAGGAUUCGGAUUCCGGAAGUGACUGUGCACCUGUUACCUCAACCUUGAAAAAGAAUGACGAUAAUCCUCAUUUCAAUAAAAAAUCAAUCCAUGUUGAACCUUCCCCAUAUGAUGACGGAGUUUUCUGGAUUCCGCUUCAACUUGUCGACGUCCCAAGAACGAGUUCGCAGAUAAGUACGAUGUCGAAGCAUUCCGAAAAUCAAAGCCAAUCACCUUCGAUCAGUCCAAUUUCUGAUCGGAGUGAUUUUAAUCAAGCUGACGAGGGAAUUUAUCAGAACUACUGUGAAACAUCCUGCUCGAAACUGAAAGAUUCGGGAUAUUCGGAUCGGUCCAGCGUCAAGUCUCGCACAACUGGCUCUUCCUUGUCGGACUGGAGUGAAGAAUCUGAUUCUUUACCAACCGAGAGCGAAAAGUCUUUUUCAUCAAAGGCUACUAGCAAUAGGGUGUAUCUGGGAAGCAAGAGCGGAGUGUACGUGCUUUAGAUUCGUCAAAUAUAUAAAGAUUCUGAUUGGCUGGCUCCAAAUUUCUAUUAGCUGGCAACACUUCAGCAUACUACGCAAACUCGGCAAUCUGCUCUCUAAAUAUUAGAUCGAAAAUUCAUAUUUUAAUUGAAGACUUCGGAAACUGAAUCCGUUCUCUCAUUUGUCGCGUUUUCUGCACUUCACCCCACACUCCUGGCGAUUGCUUGAGCGCUCAUUCGGUUCUGCUUUCCGAGCCUUCAUUUGAACACCCUGAACGAAACUGUCAAAUAAAUAAAAUUAAAUGAUAUUGAUAUCAUUAUAUGUUAACGAAAUUUCAAAUUAUAUGAAGGGAACUUCAAACACAGUUUCCUUUUCGUAACUAAACUUAGAACCAGUAUAUAAUACAUUUUAAUACCCAUCGAUUUUAUUAGAUUUCGCUUAUGAUUUUUUAUGUUUUUUUUUUAUUCACUUUGUUAAAGUUUCGUUCGGGUUUUUGUUCUAUAUUUUGCGAGUUUUUUGCAUGGUCACUUAUUAUUUCGAGAUCAAUCUUCUUAUUUCUUUUACAAUUUCUGAAUGUUCGUCUUUAGAAGACUUAAUGCCGUAAAUACAAAUCAUAUACUUUUCUUAACCAUCAGUACUGGAAAUCCUAUCAUUAUUAAUAAUUUGUGAUGAAUUGUUCGUGAUUUUAAUCUACUAAACAUUGUUACUAAUUUAAUUAUCGUCCUUAUACUCUACCGUCGGAAAUUAUCGGUACAAUUAGGACGAGUAUUAUUAAAAAUAAUUGCUCACUUUGAAACGUGAUUACUCGUCCAAAAUAGGAACGAGAAACUUUUUAUAAAAAGCGUUGCAAAGAUUAAAACCUUCCACGUCGACUGAAUUCGAAUAGAGAAAUUUUUUUAACUUCUGAAGAGAAUAUACCACGUCACCAUCCUUCAAAUUUUGUCUUUAAUUAAAGCCGAGAAAACUUUUAAAAUCUUGACGGAUCCCCGAGAUAUGUACGUACUGUAAAUAGAACUUCGUAAGUUACAGCGAAAGUUGAAGAAUCUGCGAAAUUCUCGGCGAUCAAUGUUCUCUUGGUGCAGGCACACUUGGAUUUUUUUAUUUAUAUGUUGGGUAACUAUGAAAUUUUUUAAAAUGUGACUGACUUUGAAUUAAAGAUAAAAUUCUCCAGAUUGUGGUAUAAAUUUAGAUUUUUUCUACAACUUUCCUAGAUCAUGCCACGAGUGAAAGUCGAGGUACAAAAUUCAAGAAAUUCAUACAUUAAAAAAACUUCUCACAUGGAAUAUUCACUUUAAAGGUCAAAAAUAUCUCUAUUAAAGGUCAUUUGACGUGGAAUUUCCUAAGCUUUCAAGGGCUUAACAACAAAUUCGUUCUCCUUUUUAAGGGAGAAAUUAUGGUUCAAAAUUGGCAGUGAUUUUUAAUAGUAUUCGCGUUAAUCGUACCCAGAAUUUCUGAUGGUAUUGUGCAUGAAAGCCAUCCAUAAUGGAUUAUUUUUUACAAAUAAUCUACAUACCGUUUACUUUGGCAAAACGUUUUGAAGAAAUUUUUUGUCUUACUUUUGUGUAGUAUUUUCAUGUUUCAGGACAAGAUCUCCUAUUUAGAGAUAAAUAGUUACGAUUAGAGAGGUGCUAUUUAACAAAAAAUACAUUUAGGGGUUCUUUGUUCUGUCUAAAUUAUUCGUGUUUUUAGUGAAAGAGUAAAUAUAUUUUAUCUACGUGUAGACUAGACUAGAGUGAUUAUGUAAAUGUCCAAAAAUAUUUAAUGUAAGACUUGUACAUUUCCUAGCGACGUAAUGUAUAAUAAAUUGCAUAAUUAUUUUAAAAACAA